AUGUGGAAUGUGACCCGCGCCCAGGCGGGUAACUAUUCGUGUCAGGGCUAUAACGGGGCCGCCAAUGCCAGCCGUGUCUCACCCGCCCGUCCACUGCUCGUCCAAUACGCACCAGGCGAUGCGAAACUAUCGGCGCUGGACAGCGACCAGUCAUACGCUAUAAAGGGCCAAACGUUGACACUUGAAUGCCGGUGCAACGACCAUGGUAAUCCGGCCGCUCACACAUUUAUAUGGACCCAUAAUGGCCGACGGGUAGAGUCAGUAUCGGUGGCCGAGAAUCACUUAUUACGGGUGGGACCGGCGGAUGUUCACACCCGGGGUGACUACGCCUGUGCCGCCAUCAACACCGUAGGCCAGGGCCGGUGGGCUAACCUGUGGCUCGACGUUAAAACCCCGCCCCGACUGGUCCACGGGUUAGAGCCUACGCUGGGAUCGUUGGCCAACCGAUCGCUAACCAUGUCGUGCCGCGUGGAGUGUCACCCGACGUGCGCUGUCCAAUGGUUUCGCAACAACGACAGUCUACCCCCGAUAACCGACCCGUUGACUGAUUAUUAUUAUCACGUCGAGUCUGUGGAGCAUCAGUUGGAUGAGCGGAACGGCGCGUUUGGGUCGUUGACGAGUUAUCUGCACGUUCACAAUAGUAGUGCCCUAAAUGAUCACGAUGUUAUCACAUGCGCCUGUGAUGGUAACGGCGUGGGUCCCGGUGUUAGAUCGUCACUGGUUUACCGACAUGAA